AUGAGCCUGCAGAAAGAUUCAACAUGGCAAACCCCAGUCUCUGUGCUCCGCCUGCCAAAAGGACCCGACCCCAACAGCCGAGGAUUUGACCCCAAAUCACCUCGCUUCAUCGCCCUCUGUCGAACCUCCAUUGCCACUUCUGCCUCGUCAGAGCCAAACGCUGAGCAGCUCCCGAUAGAGCAGCAUGCACGAUCUGUGCUGAGAGAGACCUUCCUCCGAUGUCUCCUCUCCAUGACCAACAAGAAGGUUCAGUUUCUCCUGCAUGAGAGGGUGAAGGUGGAGGCCACGUUUGGGGCGUCUGACAUCGACGUGCUGAACUUUCAGGUGUCCGACCUGCACACUCCCAUCGGGGUGCAGAAAGAGGCACUGAUCAGGUGUCAGGAUGUGAUUUCAUUCACUUUCGAUUCAUGAACACUUAAGGCUUUUGUUUCUUGUUUAAACAGCACGUACCAUUUGGUAUAAGAGGCACUUGGGAGUCUCAUGUGUUGUUGCAAGAGAGCUCUAUUUUCAUACUGUGAGAUGGUUAUAACAUGUUUUAUAUAUGUUUGGUUGUUGUCAAUCCUGUCGAUAUAUUUCGGCCCAUCGUACUGCUAUCUGUGGCUGCUUUUAGAAAUCCAACACUGACGAGCAGUCCCCCUUUUUCAGCACAAGAGGGAGACGUUUGCCUGGGAUUUGGUUAUAUCAGACCAUAUCUGACAUAUCUCUCACAAUAACAUCCAGGAAGUGGCUGUUUGUAAUCGAUGUUGCUUUCACAAUGCAGCCAUAAAGACCAGGAAAUCAAACGAUCACACCAAUAUUUAACCUUGCAUCACAAACUGUACUUUUGUUUUAUAAUCUUUUGGAGGCUCUGCAGAUCAUCAACACUGUUAUUAUAUUUUGAGAGAUGCAUUGUCAUUUAUUAUUUACUGAGGUAAAUGAAACAUUCCACAAAUUA